UUACAAAGUUUGUCUAAGCAACAUUUACAAGGCUAUUUCUGAAUUGUUUUCAUCAGAUAAAGUACUCUGUAAUCGUCUUUUCUGGCAUCUGCAAAGUGAUUUAGUUAAACAUGAAACGAACAUCUGAGGAAAAUGUUUAAGUCGUUCAGACAUGGACGGCCUGAUGGAGAAGAGUGAAGAGGAGGUGAAACAUCAUGUCAAAACUGGAGAUAAAACUCACUCACAGACUGAAAGUAUUUCUUCCCUGGAAAGAAGAGACAAGAAAUGUUUCACCUGCCGUCAGUGUGGAAAGAGUUUCACACACAAACAUACUCUCGAGGAACACAUGAGGAUCCACACUGGAGAGAGACUGCAUGGAUGUGAUCAAUGUGGCAAAACAUUUUUGUUUGCUUCAUACCUGAAGAGCCACCUGAAAUAUCAUUCACAGGAGAAACCACAUUUGUGUUCUUUGUGUGGAAAGAGUUUUAAAUACAAACUGAGUCUUGAGAUUCACACGAGGAUCCACACCGGAGAGAAACCGUUCACAUGUGAUCAUUGUGGGAAGAGUUUUAGACAAUCAUACAGUUUAAAGGAACACAUGAACAUCCACACUGGAGAAAAGCCGUACGAAUGUGAUCAAUGUGGCAGAAUAUUUUCGAGGUCUUCAGGCCUGUACACCCACAUGAAAGUUCAUUCACAGGAGAAACCACAUUCAUGUUCUUUGUGUGGAAAGAGAUUUUCGCUGCUGCAGAGUUUAAAAGAACAUCUGAAAAGACAUACUGGUGUAAAAGAUCAUAAGUGCUUGGAGUGUGGAAAAAGUUUUAUUACAGCUGCAGAUUUGAAAAUUCACUGGAGGUCUCACACUGGAGAGAAACCUUACAAGUGUUCACACUGCGACAAGAGAUUCAGACGGACAGGACAUCUGAAAACACACGAGAGGAUCCACACUGGAGAGAAACCGUAUCACUGCACUGCAUGUGGGAAGAGUUUCACUCAAAUAUCUUCUCUAAUCAGUCAUAAAAAAUACAACCACACCACAACGAGCAACAGGACAAAGAAACAUCAUCUAAAUUUGUCACAGUGAAUAAAGUUCAUCCUCAAGACCAGCAGUUAGAUUCAGAUCCACAAUAUGGACAAUAUCUAAAAGGUUUAUUCUCGUAUAUCAUUUUUCUUCAUGGUAUAAAAUAUUUAAUUAUGCUUUAUUAAGAGUUAAAUAUUAUGUUCAAUUUUUAUGAUGCAUAUUGUUUAUACUUUAAUGAAGGAAAUUAGUUUUUUACAUGUUUUUUUUUUGUUUGUAUUGAGAGACCCUUCUCAUUUGUUUACACUCUGUAUUUGCUUCACCAGUUAACUUUUAUUGUCUACUUAUUCUUCUUGCAUGAAGAAUAAUGUAAUAAUUUUAGUAACAUUUAAAAGCCAUUAAAAUAUUGUGCUUUAA